AGGGUUGGUGAAGAUCGAAGAAAUAAUCCCCCGGUAGGGAGCAUAUCGCUCCUCCGCUGCUGUCUCGCGCGAGCGUCCGCCGCCUCGUCUCGGUGAAGAAUCGCCGCCUCCCACCCUCUGCGAGCGCCGCCGCCCUCCCCAACUCCGGCGACGACUAUUCCCAAGGGUGCAGUGGAAGUGUAAACAGUUUCUGUGGAAGGACAGAAAAGGCAUUCAUUUGCUAAAUGGCAUCAAAGCUUCAAGCCUUUUGGAACCAUCCUGCUGGCCCUAAAACUAUUCAUUUCUGGGCUCCAACAUUUAAAUGGGGUAUCAGUAUUGCCAAUGUUGCGGACUUUGCUAAGCCUCCUGAAAAGAUAUCCUAUCCUCAGCAAGUCGCUGUGGCUUGCACUGGAGUCAUUUGGUCUCGCUACAGUAUGGUUAUCACACCGAAAAACUGGAAUCUUUUCAGCGUUAAUGUUGCAAUGGCUGGUACAGGCUUGUAUCAGCUUUCUCGUAAAAUAAGGAAAGAUUACUUUUCUGAUGAGAAGGAUGCUGCUGCAUCACUGGAAGGAUAAUGACGACAGAUUAGAUUAACCGACCUACAGCCUUUGAGCCAGUCUCAGUUCACUCUGGAGUCUGGACGUACUGCAGAUAUCUCUGGCUUUACCCAAGACAAGAACCUGUUGUUUCUUUCUGUAUUUCUUCUACACCCACUGCUGGAGCAGUUGAAAAUAUUGUCCCCAAAAUCCAAAUAAUGCUUUUUUGCAUUUUGUGAAAAUAAUAUGCAUAUACUCAAAACAUCCGUUUCUGUUAUGCUGGUGGUGCCCAUUAAAAUCUGUAUCGGGGAUACUUCGCUAACAGUAGUCAAGGAUCACUUCUGUUAUCAUCAGAAAGAAGCUAUAUAUACUACAGUUUCCCCUGGAUUCAGAGUAGCGUUGUCUUUGCUGGUAGAAAAGCAGUUUUAGCCCUCGACUUACGUUACCUGCCAUUUCUUACUGUUAUAUUUUUGGGUACUUGUUGGUUUUGUUGCAGUGGCUUGCGCAAUCAAGCAUGAAGUCGUUGCAUAGUUGACAGCAACUGUUCGAAACAUAUAUAAAGUUGUUGUGGUUAAUCAGAAA